AUGCCGAUAAAACGAAAAAGCCAAGCCCUGGGUCUGGAGAGACGAGUCCGUCCUCGCAAGCAAGAGGAUUGGGAGCUUGAAGAGCAGUCUGAAAACGACUUCUCCGACGACCAGGCUUCAGAGGAGGACGUUCGCGGACAACCUCAAGACUACGACGAUGACGAUGAUGACGAAGAGUCCCCCGCUGAAAGUGACGAGGAAGAUGAUGAACCACAAGAAAAGCCGGCAAAGGUUGACCUGUCGUCGAUAUCCUUCGGAGCUCUUGCUAAAGCACAAGAAUCACUACCUCCGACACGGCGCAAAUCCAAGAACGCUGGAGCAGCUGCUGCCAACGAGCCCGCCGAGGAACGCCCGCGAUGGGAGAGACCAGAGAAGAAGAUCUCAAGACCCGAAAUAGCCCAGCGAGUAUCUAAGCAUGCACCCCAAGAACAAUCGUCCAAGAAACCGGUGUCUCGCCGCCGCGAAGCUGUCCACGACAACCGCCGCAAGGCCCGCGACCCUCGCUUCGACACUGGUCUCGGUGGCACUGUUGACGAGGCAAAGGCCCGUGCAGCAUACUCAUUCCUCGACGACUAUCGCAAUAGCGAAAUAGCCGAUCUCAAAGCACAGAUUAAAAAGACCAAGAACCUGCAGAUCAAGGAGGAUCUCAAGCGCCAACUGUUGUCCAUGGAGAGCAGGAAGAAGGCCCGCCAGCGCAAGGACGAAGAGGAGCAGUUGCUAAAGGAGCACAGAAAGAAGGAGAAGGACCUUGUGUCACAGGGAAAGACACCGUACUAUCUCAAGAAGGGCGAGCAGAAGAAGCAGCUGCUCACGAACCGCUUCGACAAGAUGAGCAAGGGACAGGUUGACAGAGCCAUUGAGCGUAAGCGCAAGAAGGUGGCUGGCAAGGAGAAGAAGGAGCUGGACUUUUUGACGAGAGUUCGCGAUAGACAUUAA